UCUCUCUCUCUCUCUCUCUCUGUGCAGCUGAUGCUCUCUCUCUCUCUCUCUCUGUCUCUGGUUGAGGUGUGUUUCUCUCCUCUCAUCAUCAUCAGGGUGAAUCUGGACGGACUGAAGGAGGUUUGUGAUUUUGUCACCGAGCAGCUGAAGACCAGUCGGUGAAGACAGCAGGAGGACAUCAGAGACAACUAGCGGAGAGACAGCGAGACGGUGCAGAGCAGCGAGGGGGACAAACAGCAACUUACAGCCGAGGAGUCCUGUCCUCUAGCCGGUCUGUCUGCGGGCUGCGGUCCGGUGUCUCCUCUCCUCUCCGGUCCUCCGGAGCUGCUGCUUCAGCAGAGAGGUGGGUGUAUAGCUCCGCCCCCCUCGCUCUCAGUCAGAGAUGGAGUACCCAGACGACUUCCUGCUGUUCUGCAACGACUCGCUCAACUGCACCUACAACGAGACGGACGUCUUACUGCCGACGGGGGUGAAGGUCACCAUUGUGGUCGUCUACAUGAUCGUCUGCGUCAUCGGCCUGGUGGGAAACUUCCUGGUCAUGUACGUCAUCAUCAGAUACACCAAGAUGAAAACGGCCACCAACAUCUACAUCUUCAACCUGGCUCUGGCAGACUCUCUGUUCCUCGCCACGUUACCGUUCCAGGGCACCGACGUGUUCCUGGGCUUCUGGCCGUUUGGGAACGCUCUGUGCAAGGUGGUGGUGUCCAUCGACUACUACAUCAUGUUCACCAGCAUCUUCACCCUGACGGUGAUGAGUAUGGACCGGUACGUGGCCGUCUGCCACCCCGUCAAAGCGCUGGACAUGAGGACUCCUCAUAAGGCCAAGGUGGUGAAUAUCUGUGUGUGGGUGUUGGCUUCGGCCUUCGGUGUUCCGGCCAUGGUCCUGGGAGAUGUGGAGGAGGAGCAAGAGCAUGACAGCGUUGAGUGCAUCGUGGUUUUACCUGAUCCAAGGAGUCAAUGGGAUCCUGUCUUCGGCACCUGCGUCUUCCUCUUCUCCUUCCUCAUCCCCGUCGCUAUCAUCAGCAUCUGCUACAGCCUGAUGGUCAAGCGCCUGCGCAACGUUCGCAUCCUGUCCGGCUCCAAGGAAAAGGACCGCAACCUGCGGCGUAUCACCAGGAUGGUCCUGGUGGUGGUGGCGGCCUUCGUCGUCUGUUGGACCCCCAUCCAGAUCAUGGUCCUGGCUCAGUCGCUGGGCUUCAACCUGAGCAGCUUGUUCACGCUGGUCCUGAUGCACUUCUGCAUCGCGCUGGGCUACGUCAACAGCAGCUUGAAUCCCGUGCUCUACGCCUUCCUGGAUGAGAACUUCAAGCGCUGCUUCCGCGAGUUCUGCAACCCGUCGCCGUUCCGCCUCGACACCCAGCAGUCGGGCAGGAUGAGGAGCAUCGCUAGGGAGGUGGCGGCGGCGUACAGCUGCAAGGCUGAUGGCGGGGGGCAUGGAGGAGGGACACCUAAUCCAGCAUGACUAGACGUGGAGCUCCCCUUGGUGGGGGUAGACCCCCAACACAGGGGACAGCACCAUGGGACAGGGAACUCCAACACAGAAUUGACUCAGAUUACAGCUCUAUAGCGGCACGAGCCCCCCCGCCCCCCAACUAGAAGACUGGCCUGGGGUGGGGGGGAGGGAGAUGAGGAGGAUGGAGUCGAAAGGAAAAGAAUUUAGGAUUAUGGACCGGGAUGACAAACAUACGGUGCUUUCAGUAUAUGGCUGGAGGGAGACAUAGAGUGGGACCCUCCCCGGGUGGUUGACAUCCGGGUAGGAGAUGGUUCCAUGUAUGGUAUGGGACGAGCUCAGACCAUUAUGGACUAGUACGACCCGAACUCCACGGAGGCGGUAAGAUAUUUUGUAAUGUGAUCCGACUAUCUUUAUGUGGACGUUAACACAGAACCGCAUUAUUCGACACGUAUUGCAGCUCCAAAAACAAACAGCCUAUCUGUACCAUACUGAGGCUGGUACCCAGCUGCUGCACAUCUGUACUCGGGUAUGAGGAGGCAGGGGUUUGAGAGAGCGUAUGAACAGCAUGGGAUUAAUAGAAGGAGUGCAGAUACCAAAAUAAGAAUUCAAAAAAACACCAUGCACUACUUUGAUGCUUGUGGAAGAAUAGAAACAGCAUUGGAAGGACGGAUCGUGGCGGUAAGAACCGCUGACUGAGGACUCGCCGAGGAAGAGUCAAACUUCCUGGAAGUGUGAAAUACAGAAAGAACUCUUUCACUGCAGUUUAUUGUGUCUUUAUCAGUUGAUGUUUCCGACUAAAGGACUUUAUGUCAUGAGAGUGUCCCACACUGAUCACCAGUAAGGGGUCUUUAUUGUGAUGGUUUCUCUAAAACAAUGGGAAUAUGCUGCUGAGCCCCUUUUAAGGACUUAAAUGGGCACACUAAGUAUAAUGUGAUAUUUCAGCCUGCAGACAGGAAGUUGGAUGUAAUAUAUGCUAACGAUAGCCGGCAUGAGGAAAAGAACAAAAGAACAAAAGAACAACGUGCAACGAGCUACUUAUGAACAAUAUUUCUUAAACUGUGUCCGUGGACCCGGAGGGGUCACAUGAAUGUUAUUUCUCGUAUAGGAGCGACGUUUCUCAAUGUGUUGUUCUGCAGCAAAAUAAGCCUGAGGAACCUCCAAGAUUCUUAUUGUGAUUUUUGAAAACUUUCUAUGAUCACCUCCUGGGGGGGGGGUUAGAGUUUGGGGCUGGGGACGACUGGUGGGAUCGUAACCUAAAGAAACAGCAAAAAGUGAACAACAGAAUCAGUGUUUGGGACAAGCCAAGCCUGGUAUUAACUCCUCUGCCUCUUCUGCUUCUUCUUCUUCUUCUUCUUCUUCUUCUUCUUCUUCUUCUUCUUCUUCUUCUUAUUCUUAUUCUGCUUCUUCUUCUUCUUCUUCUGCUUCUUCUUCUUCUUGUUCUUAUUUCUAAAAGCAGAAUUUGUUGGAUAACAAUUAAGUGAUUAGUGGUUAAUGACUUUGUUCUUCUUAAUUGGAAUAAAGAUUGAAAAACAAUGCUAACCAGAUGUUAUUUACAACACAUCUGUGAUUGAACUUUUCAGGACAGUAUCUUUAACGAUAAAUACAAGGAGAUACACACUAUAGCCCGAACCUGAUAGCAGAGCUACACACAUUGAGCCAACAUUGCCACAGUUACUGAAUGUUUGCUAGUAAUGAUGAUGACUUUCUAUGACCUGUCUCCCAAAAUGACCUUUCCAUACAACCAAACUGCAUUGUGAGUUAUGUUUAGAGGGAUAGAACAUAUUUUGUUGUUGUCAUUGCAUUUGUUUUUGACAUAUCACAAAUACGCAAUGAUAAUAAAUAAUGUAAUGAUAGUCAACCAACGCAGGACUUUCACCCAGGAGACCGCAGUCGUGUCCCGUGUGAAAGCAAAACGUUCACUUAUUUCAAUUUGCGUCCGCAGCUUGAAUAACAUAACAAAGCUCAUUUUAAGCCAAUCCUUAAUAUUAACCAACAUAACCAAGUAGUUUAGUUGGGUUUUUGUUUUAUUUAGUUUCAAUGUACAACGUUGAUCAUGUGUUUAAAACUGUGACCGUAAUCCGGGAGAAAAUAUGUUUCCCUACAAACAUGAUUGAAAUUGCAGUUUAGUCAUAUGGGAACAUGACUGAGGAGACGGGGCUGCUACCUAUCUUUAGGAUUUCAUCUGUUCUGAUUCUGCUUGUGACUCCGAUUGAAUCCUAGUUUUGAAUCUUUGCAUAUUGUUUGAGUACAAACAGAAACCACUGAUCGGAUUUUAGCUUCCAUCAAGAGUACCUUUUCAUAAACUAAGAGGGGAAAAAACCUUCAUUCUUGUACCUGUUUCAGAAAAACACCACCUCAAGCUCUAGUUCUUAUACAUUUCUGUUUAACUCCAAUUCCAAACCAUAUUUUGAUCUGUUAGGGACUCAAUGUGUAACUGCCCAACACCUGAAGCUCUGACUGUUUUGGUGGUAACGUUGAAAUUAUCACCACAAUUGUAGGGAUAUGAUUAGUUUAACACUUUCUAGUAAAAUAAUACAGUCUCAGGUUGAAAGGGAGGUCACCAUCAGUUACUCAAGCUACUAAAUGUGACCCACUGUGGAAAGGACAGGUGUAAUAUAAAUAUGACAACAUUAGAUAUUUAUCUACAGCACCAUCUGAGAAAUCCUGUUUAACUACAACCAAAGCUUGUGGUUCUAUUCUCCUUGACGUCUACCAGUACAUAAUGACAAAUAUAAUCACAGAUGUUUUGAAAAUGACACAUCUGGGUGUGCUGUCCCAGGUCUGUAGCUGCUGUCAGGUUUGGGGGAUGAGAGGUGAAACUGACGGGGGGUUCGGGUCGAGGUUGAGAUCGGUAAUGUUUGGCGGUGAACUCCGGGGUUUCACAUAUUUUGUGGUCGGGACA